GCAUAAUGCAUAUAUAACAAAAUAUAUAAUUAGUAAAUUAUCUUUGUGUAUUCGUAACAUAUAAAAAUUAAAACGUUUUACUAAAACCACGUUAACGUACGAAAUUGUGCUGCCCUCAGAGGGCAACAAGAAAAACAGGUUUGCUAUUUCUUAUUCGGUACAGCUCUCACUUGAUGAUGUCAAAUAUUUUUGGCUAUAAUCGCAAGUUAAAGGUCAUAUGAUUGUGUUAUAUAUGUGAUAAGUUAAAUAUAACUAAUCGGAAUUUAAUAUAACUUAUCAAACAUUCAGUGACGUUCAUUCAGUUCAUGAAAGAAAAUUCAUCGAAUACGUGGUACUGAACGUUUUAAAAGACAGAAAGAGAAAAACUAGAAGAUAACUAUGUCCGUUGUAAAUAUAAAAACAUUGAUCCAUCAAGAUGUCCUGAAAUUCUUGAACUCGUUCGACACUGUUCUGACUGAUUGUGACGGAGUGCUAUGGCUGCACUUGACACCCUUUCCGAAAGCGUCGGAUGUUCUGAAUCUGUUCCGCAAGCUGGGCAAGCGAGUUUUCUAUGUGACCAACAACAGCACGAAGACCCGCGACGAGUUCGUAGAAAAGUGCAAGAGCUUGCAGUUUGAAGCUUGCAGAGAUGAUAUUAUGUGUACUGCUAAUCUGUCAGCUCGUUACCUACAAAGCAAAGCUUUCACCAAGAAAGUAUAUGUUAUCGGUUCUGAAGCGAUUGCAAAAGAAUUGGAGCUGGCUGAUAUCUCCUGCUGUGGGAUAGGACCAGAUGUAGUCAGCCAAGACAAGCCAUUUUAUAUUUUUGAGAAAGAUCCUGAUGUAUCUGCAGUUAUAGUUGGAUAUGAUGAGCACUUCAGCUAUCGUAAGAUGGUGAAAGCAACUACUUACUUAAAUAAUCCUAAUGUACAUUUUAUUGGGACCAAUACGGAUGAGAGAUAUCCAACAGAUAGUAAUAUCAUUAUACCUGGCACUGGAAGUCUAGUCAGGUGCAUAGAAUGCAGCGCAGAGAGGAAAGCAAUAAUCAUGGGUAAACCGGAAGAAUACAUGGCCAAAGUGCUGAUGGAACAAUACAAAAUUGAGCCAACGCGUACUCUAAUGAUAGGAGAUCGGUGUAACACAGAUAUAUUGUUUGGGAAUCGUUAUGGAUUUACGACUCUGUUAGUCCUGACGGGAGUGAACUCUUUGUCGGAUAUUGAGAAGUGGAAGCAAUCCAAACAGCAGGAAGAACGAGACUUAGUGCCUAAUUAUUACAUUGAUGCGCUCGGGGACUUGUUAUGCUACUUGAAGCAACUCGAGACUGAAGCGUCAUAAGAUCACCUGUUAGGUAACGUUACGAUCUCACUCCCGGUUACACGAGUUGCGUAAAAUCCAAAGGAUAUUACAAUUCGCCUUCACGUUUUCUACAUUUUGCAAGGGCGAUAUAAUGGAGGCGUUGAAAUGAGCAAGCAAUUGCACCGCAUAUUUCUUAAGUCUUCCAACCCCAUAUUUAUUUUGGCAAUGCCUUUUAUAUGAAAAAGUACACCUUUUUUUCCCGAGAGGGAUGAUACACGUUUCGGAUGAAUAAAAGAUAAUGUAAGGAAAAAAAAUAGGAAGGGAAGGAGAGAUUAGGACAAGGGAAAACAGCCUGGCGUGUUUGUGUAUAUGUGCAAGUUGUGAUAAUACAAUAUAUUAUUCAAAUAUAUAUCUAUAUAUAUAUAUAUAUAUGUAGAUAAUGGUAAACUUAAUGGUAGAGAGAUAUGGAUUCGUAAUCCUUACCUAGAUUUUGUCGUAAACUCAUAACAAUGAAACAUAUUCAACGCGUUAUACAAAAGAAGCGCGGUACAUGUGUCAGUUUUGUGUGUGUGUUAUCUUUUUACGUUUUCGUGUAUCUUACACUUUCUACUAGUUUACCAGGGUCUUUCAAUUCUCUUUUUAAUCUACGCAGAAGAGCGUUAGCGGUGCACUUGCCUAUAUCUUACGUAGAGACAUCCAAUUAUUGAUUUCGUAAGAGAGUUUCCGUCGUAAAUCUCUUAACAGCUAAAUCGAUUAAACGGCUUCGAUGCGGUAUAUUGUAGCGAGACAGCGUAACACUCAUUUACCAACGUGUGUAAUGGAUAAUUACAAGAAAUUCGCUCUAAAAACGACGCCCGACAAUCGGACGCGGGCUUUCCCGGACAUAUGUAUGUAUGUGUGUGUGUGUGUAUGUGUGUGUGAAGCUUUUGGACUACGUUUGGAAGGUUCCGAGGUUUCCUGUAAAUCACAGUUCUUACAUACGAUACACGCCACGGAGAGACAGAACAACGUGUACUCGAGAUACGCAAUUGAAUCUCAACGAGAGCGGUUCACGUCGAGGAAAAUCGGCUAUAGAUUAAUUAAUAAUUAACUAAUUGGCUCCUCGCGCGCAAUGAUAAUUGUUCUCGUGGCAAUCGUCACAGGUCUUUCGCGGACCAGGACAAACUUCGCGCGAAAUUGUGUGCAACACCGAUUGAACGCGAUCCAAGGAUACGUUCCCUGGUGUUUCCCGUGCCUUUUUACGCCGAAUCCAAGUCGAGAUUUCCUUCUCGUUCUUCGCGUUCGAACAUACACAUUCAUGAUAAUUAGUUAAUUGGCACAAGUUAUCUCUCGCGUAUACAUACUUCGGUGUCGGACGAUACUUGAACGCGCGUCUGAAUAAUUUGUGAUUUCGAUGGUGGAUAAGCGAGUGUGCAAUCGCAGGGGAAAAAGAGCAGGCUGAUGAUAAGUAGAAGAAGAGCGCGAAGGUUUCCACAUGCACUUUUGCAAUUAUCUAACAUCCUCAGAAAAUUGUGGCGAGAGUUUUACCACUGCUACGCGUAUUAUUCACCGUUACUUCGCUCUCAAGCCUAUUGAGACGAAUUACGAGCACUCCUUCCGAGAGAAAGAGAAAAACGACGAAUCGGUGAGCCUGCGAAUUUAGAAUUGUAAUAAUAAAUUGACGCGAAUCGAAAUCUAACAUUCGUCCGUGUCGAAGACAAUUCGCGUUUUACACUAAAAAGAAGUACUUGAAAAAUUAUUUAUGGAAUAUGGUUUUUUCGCAGAAAUAAACUUUAUUCCACAAAUAAAUGUUCUCACAAAUAAAAAUAAAUAUUUUUUCUCAGUGUAUGGCGAAUUGACGAGUUACGCACGCCACAGGCGUAUAAUUGCUUCUGAAGUGCGAGAUAAAAUCGACGGCACGAUCGAUUAGAAGAAUUCAAUGGAAAUAGCGAGAUCUAGGUCGCUGGACACGCAAAACGCUGUGACUUCGUCGCUAAUGCACCGAGAGAAGUAUUUGAAAAUUUACUUGUGGGGUACGAAGUUUAUUUUAAGCGAAAUAAGCUUAAAAUAAACUUCGAAAUAAACUUAAAAUAAGCUUAAAAUAAAGCGAAAUAAGUUUAUUUUAAGCGAAAUCUUAUUCCCCACAAACAAAUUUUCAAAAAAUUCUUCCCUAGUGUGGUGACUUUACGAUCGUACAGGGUGACUCAAAAGUAUGCCGCCGUACUCCGGUGACAUGCGAUGCUCUCUGACGCCAGAAUUGCUAAAGGGGAUCUUCUUCGUCAACAAGAAAGAUACUGUUCUCGAAAAAUAUAUCGCGAUCGCGGGUCGUCCGCUAUUAUUACAUCGGAAGUAAAAGUAUAAAGAUAUCGCGUCGCGUUUUCCAGAAUUCGUGUGAGCAAGAUUUAAACAAAUCUCUCUUACGUCAAAUACCCGUUUCUCGGUCUAAAUGUUCCUCUCUCAAGUUUCGCAUUAGCGAUUCCGCGCGUCCUCUCACGAAUUUUCCUCACUUUAGCCGAGUCGUUCCUCCAAAGACAGCUUUUGAUUGUCAGAGACUCCGAGAAGUAUUGGUUCUCGAAUCGCAUGGCGAAUAAAAUACGAAAUAAAUAUACAUAUAUAUAUUUUUUUUUGUUUUACUUACACACCUUGAAACACUAAUAUUCAACGAUCGCGUCGAAUCGCGAGGUGACGAGAUUGCCCCUCGUUAAAAAUGCAAGUGUCUGCGAGCUAAAUUUCUUCAUCGAUAUAAUUCCGGCUCAUUUUCUUUUUCUCUUCACGCGCACCUAAAGAUCGCAAUCAAGCGACGUAGAUUUGAAUUACUCUGUAUCUCGUGACGAUGCUACACCAAAACCGAAAGAGAUUUGUUCGUUCUGCUGGAAUGUCGCUGUGCGUGACGCUACCGCUGUGAUUGUCGACCAGACGAAAAUCGAACAUUUAUACCUCUCAUGCUUCGCGAAAUGGACGAAAUGGGGAAGGAUGCGUUCGUCAUGCAUUCGGAUACAGUAGAAGAAUAUGUCAUGUGAUAUGCGUGUAUGUGUGUGCGUAUGAAUGCGUUUUAUAUAUAUAGAUACAGGGUAUCCCAAAAACCAGCUCGCUUCUCCUUCGCUCGAAGAAGUGUUUCGAGGAGUCGAUCGGGGAUCUUUGAACGCGAAAUUAGAUCUUAAACGCAUGAAUAAGUCACAAUUCAGUUGAUCAGCUUUAUUUUCCACGUCACGUCGGAGACAGACUUCGUCGUAAGUCUAAUUUAACGGCCGGUCGCAGGAUGAUCUAACGUUGGAUAUCGCAAAGCGAGAGGGACACGACGUCGGAUCAAUCUUUCAUCAAGGUAGAGAUAUACCAUGAUCGAUGAGAAGUUGGCGAAUUUCUGACACACCCUGUACGAAUAUACACGCGUGGCUCUUGUGUGGCGCCACACGCUUAGAGAUUAACAAAUAAAUACAAUAUACAUACACGCGCGUCGGGCUGUGCGUAUGUUCACAACCGACGCGCUACAAAUCUAGACACGCGUUCACGCCUCGCGUUCAGCAUCGAAUACACAUACACACACACAUACACACACACACACACACACACACACAUGGUCGUCUGAUUCUCUCGGUCUGAUAUAACGUUCUAUACGCGCGAUAUCAUCCCACGAUUUUCAUCGUGAGACUAAUGAAAGUCGACGUGGCCGUACAGCCGCAUUCGACGCUAAAUGCGAGGCGUGAACGCGCAGCCUGAGCUCUAACGAAUUGAUAUCGUCUUAUAAAACAACUAAAUGAAAACAUUUGUACUUUAGCAGUAUAGAGCAGUCAUUUUUUGUCGUAGUUAUUACCCUUAAUAUCGUUAUCUUCGUUUAUAUUAUAUAUUUUAUACAUAUAUAUGUAUUAUAUAUAUAUUUGCUUUUUAAGAAUAAAUUCCCGCCUCCCUUGGCACGCCGA